ACGCGGGCUCGUGCGCGUUCACUCGGAGGACGGACGGAGCUCCCCCGGUUGCUGUCGGGGCUCGGGGACCUCUCGCAGGAGGGAAGGACAUGGUCGGGACCAUCGAGGAGGAGCCUGCUGCAGGACUUCCAGUACACUGGCUGCCUGGCCACCGCCUUCUUCUCUCGGCUCCCUCCUUUCUCCUCCUUCUUCUCCUCUUCCUCCUCUGCAGCAGCCCCAUCGCCACGAUGGAUCGCGACAAAUUAACCACAUUGUUAUGAUGCCAUUGAGAUAUUCCAACAAUCAAAUAUGAAUCAUGCAUUUGAUAUUUCUGGCCACUUCGCUCGUCGGCAUCCUCUCGCCCUGGCUCCCUCCAUCUCUAGCCUCAUCCGAUUUUCAAGGAGUAGAGGACAAGGUUGAGAGGGAUGCAGUGUUAGGGCUGCUGAAGCAACAGGCGACUGCAGCACCUGCCACAAGCAACGCAACCCAGCAUGCAGUGGAGCACACCAUCACCUACCCCUCCAGGCUGAUCUACUACCUGAACGAGGACUCAGAGAGCACCUACCAUGAUCUGAACACCCAGACUAGGAACCAAGCCACAGAGGGACAGACCGUCCACCUCGCCCAGGCGAGUUUCCAGUUGGAGGCGUUUGGCUCCAGAUUCGUUCUGGAUUUAACGCUGAACAAUGACUUGCUGUCUUCAGACUAUGUGGAGAUCCACUAUGAAGAUGGAAAACCUGUUCUGUCAAAGGGGGGUGAGCACUGUUACUACCACGGCCAGGUGAGGGGCAUCGAUAACUCUCAUGUGGCCUUAUCUACCUGCAACGGGUUGCACGGCAUGUUUGAUGACAGAGUCCACGCGUACCUUAUUGAGCCCCUGCACCUAAGUCACUCAGUUGAUUCAGCUGCAAGGCCUCACAAGCUCAGAAGAACCGCCUCUUUUCAGUGGAACAACAAGUCAGUGGAAGCGGUGGAGGAGGAGCAGCUCUUCUCUGAGCAGGAUGAGUUAUCCUGGCUGAAGCGCAGAAAAAAACGAGCAAUGCCUCGCAGUGUGUUUGAGGAGAUGAAGUAUCUGGAACUCAUGAUUGUUAGUGACCACAACUCGUAUAAACGGCACAAGAACAAGCAGCACACGAGAAAUAUUGUCAAGUCAACAGUCAACCUUGUGGAUGGUAUCUUCAAAGAACAGCUGCACACGCGAGUGGUGCUCGUUGCCGUGGAGAUCUGGACGGAAAAGGAUCACAUCACCAUAACUGAGAAGCCUCUAGAGAUGCUACGAGAUUUCUCCAAGUACCGGCAGCAGAGCAUCAAGCUCCACGCCGAUUCAGUGCAGCUCUUCUCAAAUCUGAACUUCCAAUACCGCAGAAGCAGUGCAGCGUACUUUGGAGGCAUGUGUUCAUUAAACCGAGGAGUGGGAGUCAAUGAGCCCAGCAGUCCCUGGUCCAUGGCAUCGGUCUUGUCCCAGAGCCUGGCACAGAACCUCGGCAUUCAGUGGGACCCGGCAUCCAAGAGAAAAGAAUGCGGUUGUACUAACCAGAUGAGCGGCUGCAUAAUGGAGGACAAUGGAGUCCAAAAACCUCAGAAAUUCUCCAAAUGCAGCAUCUCAGACUACAAGGAGUUCCUCUUGAAAGGUGGAGGCUCAUGUUUGUUCAACAGGCCAACCAAGCUGUUUGAGGUGGCACAUUGUGGAAAUGGAUUUGUGGAAGUUGGGGAGGAGUGCGACUGUGGACUGAGAUCAGACUGCUACAAGGAAUGCUGCAAGAAGUGUUCCCUUGCCAAUGGAGCCCACUGUAGUGACGGGCCGUGCUGCAAUAACACAUGUCUGUUCCUUCCCCGAAGUUUAACCUGUCGGUAUGCUGUGAACGACUGUGAUAUCUCAGAGACCUGCAGUGGGGAUUCUGGACAGUGUCCACCCAACCUGCAUAAACAAGAUGGUUACCUUUGCCAGGUAAACCAGGGUCGCUGUUAUUCGGGUGAAUGCAAAACCAGAGAGAACCAGUGUAAAUACAUUUGGGGUACAAAGGCUGGAGGUUCGGAGAAGUUCUGCUAUGAGAAGCUGAACACGGAGGGUACGGAGAAGGGAAACUGCGGAAAAGAUGGAGAGCGAUGGAUCCAGUGUAGCAAACAUGAUGUGUUCUGUGGUUACCUUCUGUGUACCAAUGUGGGGAAAAUUCCACGCAUUGGAACACUGAAAGAAGAUAUCACCACGACCUCUUUUAACCACCAAGGAAACGUCAUACAUUGCACUGGGGCUCACGUCCUCUUGGACGAUGAAACGGAUUUAGGCUAUGUGGAGGAUGGGACUCCCUGCGGGCCGUCAAUGAUGUGCCUUGACCGCAAGUGUCUGCCCAUCCAGUCGCUCAACAUGAGCACGUGUCCCAUCGGACCUAAUGGACAGGUCUGCUCUGCCCAUGGGGUCUGCAACAAUGAAGCCACAUGUACCUGUGACAGCACCUGGGCAGGGACAGACUGCAGCAUGCCGGACCCCCCCAAAGAACCCGAAGUCUCCGAGGAUAACGAACCCAAGGGUCCUAGUGCCACCAAUCUAAUAAUAGGCUCCAUCGCCGGAGCCAUCCUUGUGGCUGCCAUAGUGCUGGGGGGGACUGGAUGGGGCUUUAAAAAUGUGAAGAAACGGCGAUACGACCCCAACGCCCAGGCCAUUUAAGCUGAAGAGACCCAGGAUUUCUCCAAAGCUUCCUUAGUUGAUUCCUGAAAGGUGGACUGCACUUACUGCUGCUGAAUUCUUUAUUUAUUUUUUUCUUGCACUAUAUUUUACUUUUCAAAUACAUAGUGGACAUUUUAACAAAUUUCAUUGUAGUGUCAUUAUAAAUACAGCCUUUUUGGACUCCACCUCCCCCAUUACCCUCGCUCCACCCUGACCAUUGAGUGACAGAGCUCCUGUCCCAUCGUUUAGUGCCAGUGCAUUCAGGCAGAGUCCACAUCAUCUUCUUAUCUGGCAUGAUUAACACAAAAAGUGUGCUGCUUACUGGCCCUCCCCCUUUGGCAUGAACAGCCCUCCCCCCGCCGGGCUCAGCAUGGCUACCAAAGCUAGGAAUAUAAAGCAGAGAAAUACAAGAGAUUAUUUGUUGCAGGAGAAAGCCUGGUUAAAAACCAACUUGAGUGAAAAAAAAAAAAAAAAACAAUCAUUCAAUUCAUGUUUAGGUGCUGCAUUUGGGGUCUCAUGAGGACAAAGUGGACCACAAGGUGAAAGCACAUAACUUUACAUGAAUACGACGGUUAGGUUCACAGCUAAAAUAAUCAUUUGCAAGAAUUUAGACUGCUUUUCUUUUUCUACCCCAUACAUACAGUAAUGUUUUUGUGGCAACAAAAGCAUAAGAAGCUGAACUGUCGAGGAGAAGCAUGGCUGUUCUUGACGGAUUCGAACCGCAAUGACGUCCGAGACUUUAUGAAGUAACUCUGAGGGUGACUCAAAAAGCCAAAGAAAAAAAAAAAAACAGGAAAAAAAAAAUCACCUGAAUACUUGGAUGUUGUUGCACGCAGAGCACUUUCUUUCUCUGUCUGCAGCCUGUGGUGCCUCUCGUACUGCUGAGGACAGGAAGUCUGUCCGUGCAGACGCUCACCUGUCCAAUCAGCUCUCCUUGAACGACCCUCAUCAAGACCCACAAUACUAGCUUAACCUUUUUAAGGCCCCGUUAUAAAUCAAGUCCCGCUCCUCUGGUAACUCUGCAUGCAAUCACUAUAGUGGGCUUAGAGUUCUAUAUUGGUGGCCCCAAAAUCUGCAAGAAAAAUAGGUGCAUGUCAACAACAGAAACAUUUAACUUUUAUUUACUAUGCAAAGAAGGAUAUUGCACACAAGAAUGGGUAACAGUCACAUCAAUGUAGACUCGGACUAACGAAAACCUUUGAUUAUCAGCUGAUCUUUUUAUCCAGCCAAUCCUACGUCUCGUUUUUAUUUAGCUUCAACCUGUGGAUGGACAUUUAAAAAAAUUAAAAUAAAAACAAAGAAAUGAAUGAGAUUAAAAAAAUGUGUCAACAUAAUGUUAAACAUAAAAUUAUUUUUGAGUGUUUUUCAUCCAGUCUGACAUUUCUAAUCCCACAUGCACACAGGUUGGCGCCUGUAGCAUACGGGGGUCUGAACAGUUUCUUCGUGCAGGGCUACUUACCUUGUCUGGUCCGGCUGAUCGUUGGUGUGUUUCAGGUGUUGCCUCAGCACUGGCAUUGUUGCAGUCCUCUAUGAUGUUCAUCGUCUGGUGUCCCUUUCUCACUGCAUCAUGUACAGUGUACUCAUGUACCCAUAAAUAAAGAUAUUGACAAAUUUUG